AUGGAUAUCCUCAAGGUCUUGUCGCGCGGCACCAAAAAGAGCGCAAAAUCCUCUCUCUCAGGCGGCAGCGCCGUGGGCAAACUCCCGUCCUCGGGGACAAAGACGAAUCCGCAGCUCUACCACGACGAAGUUCGCGGCCACAAGCGAAAGCGCGAUGUCGAAGAGCCCGAGAACAAGAUCCCCGAGGUGCUGCCGGAAGUCGACUUCUUUGCGCCCAAGGAUGUGUCCGAGUCGAAACCUGCAAAGGCCGAGUCGAAAAAGAGCAAGCGAGCGGCGAGUCCCGUCGUUGAGGCGGCCAAGUUGCUGAGUGCGGACGAGUGUCGCCAAUUGCUGCGAUCGCAUCGACUCAAGGUCACGCUGCUGUAUAAGCGAGAGGAGCAACACAAGGUCAAGAAGUCCAAGAAGAAGAAGGCUGUUGUUGAGGUCAAGAAGGACAAGAAGCCGCAGCUGGCUCCGCAGCCAUUGGAGUCUUUCGGCCAGCUGCGAAGCACAUACAACCUCUCUCGACGGGUGGCUGAGAACCUGUCGUACCAGGGCUAUAAAAUACCGACAGAGGUGCAGAUGGGAAGCAUGCCGUUGCUCAUUCGGCCUGACGUGGCCUUGAGUGAGGAACAGGGACUGGAGAAUGGUGUUGAUUUGCUGGCUGUUGCGCCAACUGGAAGUGGAAAGACGAUUAGCUUUCUUGUGCCAACAAUCAACAACAUCAUGAGGAGGAGAGCGCAGGACAAGUUACAUGGUAUCCAUGAGCUCGAAGCUAUUGUCAUUGUGCCGACCCGAGAGCUUGCUUACCAGAUUGUCAAUGUUGGCAACCAGUUGGUGAAGGGAACCGGACUCAAGGUGGUCGGCAUGAGAAAGGGCAUGAUUCUUGCUGCUGAGAGCCAAGAUAUUGUGGACAUUUUGAUUACAACACCUCUUCUGCUGCUCAACUUCCUGACGUCUGGGUCAGCAAACACUCAAAAGGUCUUACCCACCGUCCGAAACCUCAUACUGGACGAAGCCGAUGUGCUCCUCGACCCGUUGUUCCGCGAACAAACUCUUGGUAUCUGGACGGCCUGCAGCAAUCCAGAUCUUGGCCUUUCAUUCUGGUCCGCAACCAUGGGCUCCAACAUCGAGACGCUGGUUACAGAGAGGCUGGCUUCCCGGGCCGAGUCUCUGAGCAUUCCCCAAAGGCCACUGGUUCGCUUGGUUGUUGGUCUAAAGGAUACGGCCGUGCCCAAUAUUGUGCAUAGGCUGAUUUACACUGCGAGCGAACAGGGAAAGCUUCUCGCUCUGCGGCAGCUCUUGCGGCCUACUUCGAGCAUUGACUCAGGACCGCCAUUGCGGCCACCUUUCCUCGUGUUUACCCAGACCAUUGAUCGAGCCACUGCGCUGCAAGAGGAGCUCAAGUAUGAUAUCCCGCUUGAGGCAGGCGGUUCAUCUAGAAUAGCCGCCUUACACAGUGGUCUUCCGGAUGCGGCCCGAGCAGCCAUCAUGCGCAAGUUCCGGGCUGGUGAGAUUUGGGUUCUCAUCACGACUGAUGUGCUGGCCCGAGGUGUCGAUUUCGCUGGCGUCAACGGAGUCUUGAACUACGAUGUGCCUGGAUCGAGUGCCGCCUACGUGCACCGUGCAGGAAGGACAGGGCGAGCUGGUCGAGAGGGCGGUAUAGCAGUCACGUUUUAUACCAAAGAGGAUAUCCCCUUUGUCAAGACAGUGGCCAAUGUCAUUGCUGAGAGUGAAAAGCAGGCCGGCAAGACAGGGGACGAGGCGGGGGUGCAGAAAUGGCUGCUUGAUGCGCUGCCGAACGUGGGCAAGGAGGAUAGGAAGAAGCUCAAGGAGAGAGGUGUUGAGUCUAGGAGGAGCGGAAACAAGGCUAUGAUUACGUCCAAGAGCGGAUAUGAGAGGCGAAAGGAGCAUAAUAGGAAGGGUGCUAUUGAGGGGAGCAAGAAGAGGAAGAUGGAGGUUGAUGAUGGCGAAGGUGAUGCCAAGGGCAAGGGAGAUGGUGAAUGGGGUGGAUUUGACGAUUAG